AUGCGCCUGCCCGCCUGGACAGGUAGGCCAUCUCCCUCGCUCGUACCAGGCUCCUGGCUGCGAGAAAAGGACGCACGACAUGUAGCGUGCUCAUACAGCCGCGAGCGGACCUGCACCGACGUGGCGCUGUCUGCCACCAGCAACUGCAAGCCUUGCUGCGUGGAGGGAUGCGCCUGCCCGCCUGGACAGGUAGGCCAUCUCCCUCGUUCGUACCAAGCUCCUGGUGUGCGAGAGAGGGACGCACGACAUGUAGCGUGCUUAUACGGCUGCGAGCGGACCUGCACCGACGUGGCGCUGUCUGCCACCAGCAACUGCAAGCCCUGCUGCGUGGAGGGCUGCGCCUGCCCGCCAGGACAGGUCCUCGAUGAUAAGAACACUUGCGUGCCGAAAGGUUUGUGCCCUUGCAACCACAAAGGCAUGAAGUUCGACGCCGGCUACAAAGAGGUCAGGCCUGGCAGACGCGAGAGAGAACUAUGUACCUGCGUGGGCGCACGAUGGGAGUGCGUGCCGGCAACCGACUCAGACAUCCAGAACUACCCUCCGGCAGAAGAUUUACGAUCUAAUUGCAGCGCCGCCAACCAUAUGGAGUUCACCACCUGCAUGGUCGCUGAGCCGCUGACUUGCAAGAACAUGCAUCUACCGCCUUCCACCACGAGCGCCGAGUGCCGACCGGGCUGCCAGUGCAAGGCGGGCUUCGUGCUUGACGCGGGCGCCCACAAAUGCGUUCCGCGCGCCGCCUGCCCCUGCCACCACGGCGGCCGCAGCUACCCCGACGGGAGCCUCAUGCAGGAGGCGUGCAACACCUGCGAGUGUAAGAGCGGCAACUGGUCGUGCACCACCCGCGUUUGCUCCGGCCUGUGUGGCGCGUGGGGUGACUCCCACCUCGACACCUUCGACGGAGCGCAGUAUGACUUCGAAGGAGUCUGCACAUAUCUGCUGGCUAAGGGUGUCAUGGACUCCAAUGAUGGAUUCGAUGUGGAGAUACAGAACGUACCAUGCGGGACAACGGGCGCGACGUGCUCCAAGUCAACCACCCUGAAGGUGGGCGGUGGCGGCAACCAGGAGGUGGUUGCGCUCACCAAGGGCGCGCCGUUACCUGACACCUCCAAGCUGAAGAGGAUAAAGCUUCGCGUAGCGGGCGCGUUUGUGUUCUUGGACGUGCCGUCUCUGGGCGUUAGCCUGCAGUGGGACCGCGGCCUACGCGUUUACGUUAAAGUGGAUGCAGUCUGGCGCAACAGGGUGAAGGGUCUCUGCGGCAACUUCAACGGCGAUCAGCGCGACGACUUCCAAACGCCAUCUGGUGGAGGUCUACCGGAAUCAUCCGCUUUAGUAUUCGCGGACUCUUGGAAACUGAAACCUACGUGCCCUAAACCAAAAGAAGUUUCGGACUACUGCAAAACCCGUCCCGAGCGCAGAGACUGGGCAGUCAGCACAUGCGGCAUCAUGAAGCAGUACCCAUUCAUCUUAUGCGCCACCGAAGUGUCUCCCGCUCCAUACAUCGAGCGCUGCGAACGCGACGCCUGCGCGUGCGACUCGGGCGCCGACUGCGACUGCGCCUGCGCGGCGUUAGCUGCGUACGCGCACGCUUGCGCGGUUAGAGGCGUCACCUUUAAUUGGCGCAGCCAGGCAGUUUGCCCGAUGCAGUGCGACGAGGAGUGCUCGAACUACGACGGCUGCGUGUCGGCGUGCCCGGCCGAGACUUGCGACAACACGCAAGGGUACAAGGAGCUUAAAGGCAACUGCGAGCAGGACACUUGCGUCGAAGGAUGUAAGCCCAAGAAGCCAUGCCCAGAAGGCCAAGUGUAUAGCAACGACAGCUUAACCGAAUGCGUUCCGCGAGCAAAGUGCCGUCCAGUCUGUAUGACGCUACCAGAUGGAAGAGAGGUGUUCGAGGGUGACGUCAUUGAGGAAGACGAGUGCCACACCUGCCGAUGCUCCAAGGAGGAACGAGUGUGUACCGGCCAGCCCUGUUCCACUGAGUCGGUAAGUGUACAACCAUGGAGUCUAGGGAGAGAGACAGAUAGUUGCUGGAUGAUGACUCCCAAACCGCACGACGAGCCUCUAAAGUGUGUGGAUGGCUGGACGGCGUGGGUCAGCAAGCACACACCAGAGGCGGGCCCUCGCGGGGAGUCCGUGGAGAAAGAGCCACUGCCGGAGCUUAAAGACCUGAAAAUCGGCUCCCCAAUGUGCAGCAAAGACAUGAUGAAAGGCAUCGAGUGCCGCACGCGAGUCAACCACGAGACGCCGAAACAGACCGGCCUCGACGUCGAGUGCAGCCUGGAGCGAGGCCUAGUCUGCCGCGAGACCGGCACUACCUGUCCUGACUUCGAGAUCAGGGUGCUGUGUGAAUGUGAAUUCCAAUGCCUCAACGACACGCACCCUAACUACCAACAUCCCACUGACUGCGACAAAUUCUACGAGUGCACGCCUGACUUACUCAACCAAUCUAUACGUCACGCCGUGCUCAAAACCUGUGGAGCUGGCACCAUGUACAACCCUGUGACGAUGGUGUGCGACUGGCCCGCUUCUGUGGCAGCCGUGCGACCCGAGUGUGGCGCCACUGAAGGAACCACUCCUAGCACCACAAAGAUCACAACUCUUGCGCCUACUUCACCUACCACACCAACGACGACGGAACAAGCAAGCACGGCCGGGCUGUGUCCUCCAGGCCAGGUGUACCGCGAUUGCGCUUAUCCUUGCGACCAGCUCUGCGACUACCUUGGAGCUGUGAUCAGAGACAAGGGCCAGUGUGGACCUAGAGACAAGUGCAUCAAAGGCUGCGUGGACAUAUCGGUGGCCGAGCAGAAGUGCGGCAAAGGGUACCGCUGGCGCGACAUGAAGACCUGCGUGCCUGAGAAGGACUGCACUUGCUAUGCUGACGGGAAGAUGGUCAAGCCUGGCGAGCGCAAAUCCGACGGCUGCGUCACGUGCCAGUGCCUCAACAACGCGUUCCAUUGCGACUCUUCCCACUGCACGACCCUCGGCACCACCUACAUCGACGAGGAACGCAACCAGCCCAUCAAGUAUACCACGACCACGACACCAAAGCCCACCACGCCUAAACCUACCACUGUGACCACAAAGGCGACCACCACGAAAGCGACCACGCUGCCGCCGACUACUGUGACGCCUCUGAUUAUAAAGAGUACGGUCUCGCCGCCGCCAGAAUGUGAUCCUGAAGGGUACAAAUACCUUCUUUGGGGUGAUGACGUGGAAGUGAAGCCGAUAUUGACCGCGAGCUCGGUUGCUAGCAACCAGUUCCUACCGCAAGACGCUGUGCUCAACGGCCGCCCGAAAGCUGUCUCUGCUGGCAGUUGGAACCCGGAGAUCAACGACAAGAACCAGUACAUCCAAGUGGAACUGCCUCACGCGGAGCCGAUAUACGGCGUGGUGCUGCAAGGCAGCCCGCUGUUCGACCAGUACGUCACCAGCUACGAGAUCAUGUACGGCGAUGACGGCAACGCCUAUAGUCUCGUCAGCGAGCCUGAUGGUUCGCCCAAGGUGUUCCGCGGGCCAGUAGACCACAAGACGCCGCUGAAGCAAAUGAUAUCCCCGCCAAUAGAGGCCAAGUUCGUGCGCAUAAAACCUCUAACUUGGCACGAGGAGAUCGCCGUUAGGCUCGAGCUGAUCGGCUGCGGAGAACCAAAAAGCACCACUCCUGAAGAGAUCCCCACUACGCCAGAACAGAUGCAAUGCACGGAGCCACUCGGUUUAGCAGCGGACUUGCCUAUUGAAAGCAUCGAAGUGAGCUCGAACAACGACGAGCGCAAAUACUUCGCGUUGGAUGGACCACGAGGCUGGCGUCCACUCUACAGCACACCCGGAGAAUGGAUCAUGUUCGAUUUCAUGUCCCCGCGCAAUCUCACCGGCAUAAAGACCAAGGGCGGGCCCAAGGGAUGGGUGUCGGCCUACCACGUCAAGUACACCUGCGACCUGGCCACCUUCAACCCGGUGGUAGACAGCUCCGGGAACCAGAAGCUGUUCCCAGGCAACUUUGACCAGGACACUCCUGUGCUGAACGAGUUCGCGCUGCCUGUACACGCGAGAUACCUGAAAGUGCUGCCGGUGAAAUGGAAUAGAGGCAUCGAGAUGAGGAUCGAACCUAUCGGAUGCUUUGAGCCUUACCCUAUUACCACGACCACUCCAGCCGUGGAAGUCCAGGGCAGCACUCCGCCGUCAUGUAGCGUAUGCCCAAGAGUGGAGGCGACCAGCUGCUCCUGCGAUGGCGUCGGCGACUAUUUCAACGGCGAGGUGUGCGUGCCGCGCGACCUGUGCCCCUGCGUCCACCUGACAGGCCAGGGCAGCACUCCGCCGUCAUGCAGUGUGUGCCCCGGCGUGCAGGCGGCCAGCUGCUCGUGCGACGGCGUCGGCGACUAUUUCAACGGCGAGGUGUGCGUGCCGCGCGACCUGUGCCCUUGCGUCGUGGGGCACCUCACGUACGACGUGGGCGCGACAUUCCGCGGCGAGAACUGCGACGAGUGCGUGUGCAAGCUCGGCGGCGUCACCGACUGCAAGCCCGUCAAGGAGUGCAAGUGUGCCCCGACCUUAGUACCCAAGCUAGUACCUAAACCGUCUUGCGAGUGCUUCUGCGAGCCGUGCCCUCCUGGCACCAGGAUCUGUCCCACCAGCAAGUUAUGCCUGGCUCUCGACAAGUGGUGCGACGGCCUGCAAGACUGUCCCGAUGAUGAGAAGGAAUGCACCACCACCACCAUUACCACGCCCAAACCGACGACAUUGGAGCCGACGAUAGUGACUACUGUUCAGCCUACGGUCGGCGUCACUGCUGCUACGAAAACAGAAAUCACUACUACGCCUAAACCGCUAGUGUGUCCAGUAGUAGAGUGUCCUCCGAACUACAUCGUCCGCUACACCACUCCUUCCAGCCACUCCCGCUCCUACACGUCUGACAUCCCGCCGCCGCGGCCGAGGUACUCCUACCAGCGAUACCAGCAAGGAGGGUACGCUAACGGCGGGUACGCUAAAGGAGGGUACUCUAAGGGAGGGUACUCUAAAGGCGGGUACUCGAAAGGAGGCUUCUCGAAGGGCGGAUACAAUCCUGUUCUGCCAACGUCGCAACCGAACCAGGCCUUCACUCUGGACAAGCCGACCCUAAACCCAGCUCAAGACCUGAAGAAACAGGAGUGCCCUCAAUUCAAGUGCGUCCCGCAGCUGCCGCCGCCGCCGCGGCCGGGCUCCACGCCGGCGCCGCUCGUCUGCUCGGCGCCCGCCUGCCCGCCGCGCUACUCGCUGCGGCUGGACGCCGGCCCGGUGGCGCCGCACGAGUGCCCGCAGUACUCAUGCGUGCCGCCGCCAGAGAGACUUGCCUUCUGCAACGUGACGGAGCGCGCUGUAAGCACGUUCGACGGCUCCGACUACAAGUAUGACCUCUGCUUCCACAUCCUGGCCAGGGACAACCGGUUCGAUGCCUGGAGUGUGCUGGUCCGCAAGAAGUGCCGCCUAGACGGCUGCCAGAACGAAUUAAUCGUGCACCAAGACGACCAGCUCAUCAAGGUCAAGCCGAACCUCAUGAUCGAGUACGAUAACUACGAGUACACCGUCGAGCAGACCACCAAGAUAUGCUUCCAGAAGAACAGCUUCGACGUGGCCAAGCUUGGGAAUGGACUCUCCAUCAAGUCGAGACGAUACAACUUCACUGUGCUCUAUAAUACAGACGGGGACAUCAAGAUUGGAGUAUCCAAAAAGUACAUGGGUACGGUAGACGGUCUCUGCGGCGCUUUCGACGGCUCCCUUCACAACGAGCGGCGCCUUCCAGACGGGUCUUUGGCCGCCAACAGCGACCAAAUGGCCCGCGCGUGGGGAAGGCCGGGCCUGCCCAAAGACGCUUGCAAGACGAAGGUCAUCGAUGAGAAGAAACAGAAGAGGGUCUGGGAGCUGUGUGACGUCAUCACCCAAGAACCGCUCGCGAAAUGCGGUAAAGUUCUCAGCUUAGACAAAUGGCGCAACAUCUGCUUGGAGAAGAUCUGCAAAUGCACCGACCUCAUAGUGAACGGCACCAAGAAGACCGAGGAAGAAUGCCGCUGCCUGCUUGUGGAGAAACUCGUGGCUGAAUGCCUCGCGGCCGAUAAGGAUGUCGAUAUAUCCGAGUGGAGAAUGAAGCUGAAUUGCCCUGCCGAGUGCCCGCCGCCGCUCGUCCACUUCGACUGCUACCGCAAGCGCUGCGAGCCCUCGUGCCCUACGCAAGGUGUAGCUCGGACGGACUGCCCGGCGGAAGACGGCCAGUGCUUCCCGGGCUGCUACUGCCCGCCCGGCACCUACCGCAGGGACCAGCGCUGCCUGGCGCCCGACUCCUGCCUCGACUGCGCAUGCAAGGGUGUGGGCACUCCUGCCGGGUACACGACGUUCGAGGGAGACAGCUUCCCAUUCCUCGGGAACUGCACCUACCUGGCCUCCCGGGACAGGAAUGAGACUGGACAACAUAAAUACGAGGUGUACGCAACGAACGGACCGUGCGAAGACAACGCAAACGUCAUCUGCACUAAAACGAUUCAUGUGAUCUACGAGAAGAACGUCAUCCAUAUUAGCAAAGAUGCUGCAAACAAGAAGUUGGCGACAACAAUCGGCAACGAGCUGGUGUUCAAGUACCCCGUGAAGAAGGACUGGGUCACCAUCAGCCAGCUCAACGGCAGAGACGUCAUGGUGAUGCUGACGGAAGCUCAUGUUGAGGUGACAGUACUGGCGUCGAAGAUGGAACUAUCAGUGCGCGUGCCAACAUUCUUAUACAGCAACCGCACCGAGGGCCUGUGCGGCGUAUGCGCAGGCUCACACGAGCACCUCAUCACCAGCAACGGGACUGAUACUGAUGACUUUGAGGAGUAUGGCAAGAGCUGGCAAGCUACCCCAUCAGCUCUGACUACCCUGGAGAUCCCGCCGGAACAACAGCAGUGCGAUCAUCCACCACCACCGCCGCCCUGCACGCCGCCGCCGCCCGAGGACAACCCUUGCUAUAAUCUCUACAACCCGGAGGUGUUCGGAGCCUGCCAUGCCCUAGUGGACCCUCAGUCCUACGUGGAGUCGUGCGUUGAAGAACAGUGCUCCAUGAAUAACAGCGACGUGUGCGCGACUCUAGCACGAUACGCUGACGCGUGCCGGCAGCAGGGCGUCUGCUUGACUUGGCGCUCCGCAGCCCUGUGUCCUUACACUUGUGAGAAGCCACUCGUAUACCGGGCGUGCGUGGACUGCGAGCGCACGUGCGACAACCACGACAUCCUCGAGAAGCACCCCGACAAGUGCACCAAUAAGCCUGUAGAAGGCUGCUUCUGCCCCGAAGGGAAGGUGCGAGUGAAUAACACGUGUAUCGAGCCAACCAAAUGCUUCCCGUGCGACGUGGACAAGGAACACUAUGCUGGAGACGAGUGGCAGGAGGACGCGUGCAAGAAGUGCACGUGCAGCAAGCUGCCGGGCGAGGCGCGCGCGCACGUGGCGUGCACCACGCAGGCCUGCAGCGCGCCCGUGUGCGCGCAGGGCGAGGACAUGCUCACCAAGCCCAAACCAUCAGGCGCUUGCUGCGACCAGUACGUGUGCGUGCCAAAACCGCGAGCGGAAUGCGAGGAGCCAAAGAAGAUGGAGUGCGGCUUCGGGCAGGUGCUCAAACAGAAGACUACCGCCAAUGGCUGCAAAGAGUUCGCUUGUGAAUGUAAACCAGCCAGCGAAUGCGAACACAUCCCAACUGACGAAGAGGUGGACUUCUUAGAGCCGGGGCUCGAGCGCGUCAUCGACAACAGCGGCUGCUGUCCCAAGGUCAACAUGGUCUGCCGCAAGGAGGCCUGUCCCAAGAAGCCGGACUGUCCCAAGUUCCAGAACCUAGUCGAGUACAAUAUAACCGGGAAGUGUUGCCAGAAAUAUGAGUGCGAACCACCCAAGGACAAAUGCGUUGUGACACUGGAAUGGGAAGCGGCGCCGCGCGGAGGAGAGAAGGCAAGAGCGGAGCCCGAAGAAGUUCUCAAAGAUAUCGACGAGGCAUGGCUGGACGGCCCGUGCCGUAGGUGUCGCUGCGAGCGCUCCUCGCUCGGGGCUUCGGCGCAGUGCUCCGUGACGGAGUGCCCGGCGUCCCUAGCAGCGAGCCAGUUCGUGCUGGAGCCCCGCCCAGUGCCCUUCGCUUGCUGCCCGGCGCUGGUGCACGUUGCGUGUAGGGACGGGGAGAAUGUGUACCGGGUGGGCGAGAACUGGACGUCGCCGUACGACGUGUGCGAGUCGUACUCGUGCAGCGAGGCGGGCGACGGCAAGCUGGAGAAGCUCACCACCGUCAAGACCUGCGAGACCAACUGCCAGCCGGGUUGUAAGUACUUCCCAGCAGAGGCGUCGUCCAAGCAAUGCUGCGGCAAGUGCAAGCCCGUGGCCUGUGUUGUGGAUGGAAAAGAGCACGCCAUCGGCGAACGCUGGACCUCGAAGGACUUCUGCGCCAACUAUACCUGCGUCGACCUUAACGGCACUCUCCAAGUGCAAAGCUCCAACGAGUCCUGUCCUGAUGUCCCGGAAGCCGUCCGCAAGCAGUUCGUACUGAAUGAAGACAUCCCGCCCGGACAGUGCUGCAAGAAACAGGAACCAGUGGCUUGUCGAGUUGGCAACAAGAUAUACCAGGAGGGCCAGACGUGGCCUUCAGACGACCCCUGCAAGAACCUGACGUGUUCCCGCGACGUCACAGGGCGGUUAACACACGCAGCCAGUGUAGAAGCGUGUUCACAUGAUUGCAAGCGCGGCUGGAGCUACCGUGCACCGCCGUCUGGCGUCUGCUGCGGCCGCUGCGUGCAGGAGAAGUGCUUGCUGGACGACGAGCUGGUGGAGCCAGGCACAACAUGGUACUCCGCCGACAACUGCACAACAUACACUUGCGAGAAACUCGGUGAUGAUCUGCUGGUGACGUCAGCGCGCGAGACGUGUCCCAACGUGUCGGACUGUGACCCUGAGGACCUUGUCAACGAGACCUGCUGCCAGGUCUGCAAGGAGAAGCCCAUGGCGCUGAGCACGUGUACACCAACCCUUCUGGCGGGCCCGGCUUCAGUGGGCGCCAUCCGCGCGGUGCUCAAGCCGCACGGCGCCUGCUUCAACGACCGUCCGCUCGUCGGCUUCUACGAGUGCCGCGGGUCCUGCGACUCCGGCACGCUGUAUAAUAACGUGACGGGCAUCCACGACUCCAAGUGCGAGUGUUGCACGGCCACGAGCUACGGCUCGGUCGACAUCUGGCUGGCGUGCGCGGACGGCUCGCGGCAGAAGCACCGCGUGGCCUCGCCCAAUAACUGCAAGUGCCUCGCAUGCGGCGCCAACGCUUCAGGCUGGCCAGGCAAGAAGCCAACGAAGGGCGGCGUCGACACCAUAGACUACGACAUUCCAGAGAUCUAUCAGCGCAUGCGCAUUCCCGACGCCGGCGCGCGCUAACUGAUCGCAACAACUAUACAGUCAUAAGGGCCGUAUUACAGAACUACGCUCGAAACUCGAUUCAAUCUCAAGACAUUAAUGCCCUGUGAUUGGUCUAAUACCUAGAUGUAAUGGACAAUUUGACACCAUUCUCCAAUAAUUCGAAAUCACAACUUUUCUAAAAAGACACUUCAUUCUGGUCUUAAAAACUUAAUUAAUUUUAAAUUACCUGUAAAUUACGAUUUUUGGUCGCAUUGUAAUUGACAAAAGUAGUUUGAGCUGACAAAAUAGUGACGUCAUUUGCUCGUAGUGCCAUACAAAAUCUAUGGGAGAGUUUCGUUUUGACAGUUUAAAAAAGUACGUCAAUUAAUUGGUGGUGUCAACAUGUCUAUUCGACCAAUCAAAGGCCUCAAUCUGUGCUUUUUGAUCUCUGUUCUGUAAUACGCACCUAAAACUACUCUUUAUUUUACGAUCUCUACGCAACAACCAGUGCCAAACUUUAUUAUAAGGUCAUAAAAAAUACACUCAUGUAAAUUGAUCACAUCAAUUGUAUUCUUGUAAAUAUUCAAUAAAUACUGCUGAUAUAUUA